AUGUUACCUUCAAUCAUUGGCAACAACAUCAAGUCACUCAUCCUAAGAGUAUUGGUAUCGGGAGGGACACAACAAGACCUCUACGACAAGAAUGAGAUUGGACGUCCUUGGAUGCAAGCAUUGACCGACUGCCUGCCUACGCACUUCCCCAACAUCAAGUCGUUGACAAUCUAUGAUCAAUGCAUGGCCUACCACUCUGGCUAUGGACUAUACAUCAUGGAAAAUCCUGACCAAUUCUAUGGAACACUCUCAAAGCUGUCGAGACUCGAAUCGCUCUCAAUCAAUGUGUCUCCAUCAUGCUGUCACAACUUUGAUGAUGGCUCCGAGUCAAACGUUCCUGAACUUCUGAGAUACAUUCAACGCAGUCCAGAGCUCAAGUCACUGGCCCUAUUCAAUCCAUUGCCCAGUGCUGCCCAAGUCCUUGAAGUGCCUAUCCUGCUCGACUACAUGUUCACCGAUGUUACAUGUUCACUUCAACAUAUCACAUUGGACUUGUCCAACUUCAUUGACAUGCCAAUGUUACAAAGAAGACUGGAUACACUCUGUAUUAGUGGUGGAGCGAUAUCAAUAAGAUCAAUGGGACAGAUUGAACAACUCAAACAACAUGUCAAUGACAUACUCGAUCUGUCUCGGAUGCACAUUGACACGAGAGGGAUGGAUCCAGACAUGAUCAAGACUAUCCUAUCACCAGCUACCUUUGUUGGAAGAGUCUACAAACCACCCAAGUACAUCGGCAACACAGAGUCGAGACAAUACAAGCAUAAACAAUCGAUCGAUCAUCCUUUUAACAAUGAUGUACUCUCUGUUGGAACACCAACAUCGAUAGAGAUAUCAUUGAUCCAGUUAUUUCCAACUGCUGGAACAUAUAAUACAUGA